AUAAAAAUAAGACAGCACAUUUAUAUAGUAUAGUCUCAAGUCAUUAGUACACUGCUACUUUCUUGCACCCCCACAGAUAUUGAGAGACAGAGAGAGAGAAGCAAAAAUUGCCCACGAAAUUGGCACUCUCUCCCAAUUUUAGAUCCGUUUCACAAUUGUUUUUAUGCUCACAGCUCAUUUGUGAUUUUUCUCACGAGUGUUCAUUGUCCAAAACCAGUGUGAAUAAAGACGCCAUUUUUGAUUUGUGUGAUUGUGUUCAUCACCGACUUAACUCGGUGGACACUGGAAGUGGCCAGUUUCCCACUCCCAUUUUCGCUUGAUUGUUCUGUUUGCGGUCAAAUUCGAACUGGGUUUUUGGAAUUGGGGGUUUGGAGGUGAUCAUUGACUGGAAUGGUGGUGUUCCGGCGAGUUUCGCCGGAGCUCCGGUGAGUUCAGGGGUGAGCUCCGGCGUCGACUGGGAUCGUUUUUCCUCAGGUGGGAUGAUGCCAUUUUGAUCCUGAAAGGAAAGGAAGAUGUUUAAGUCGGCGAGAUGGAGGAGCGACAAGAACAGGAUCAAAGCUGUUUUCAAGUUGCAGUUUCAUGCAACUCCGGUUUCAAAGGAUGGAGGAGAUGGAUUAGUGAUAUCAGUGAUACCAGCUGAUGCUGGAAAACCAUCUGCAAAAUUAGAGAAAGCAACAAUUAGAGAUGGAAGUUGUUAUUGGGAUACUCCAGUUCACGAAACUGUGAAGUUUGUCCGGGAGCCAAAAACGGGGAAGAUCAAUGAGCGACUCUAUCACUUUCUCGUGGGAAAGGGGUCAUCUAAAGCUGGAGUUGUUGGGGAGGCUUCCCUUGAUCUUUCUUGUUAUGCAUUGGCGACAAAGAUUUCUUCUGUGUCUCUUCCCCUCAAGAAUUCGAAAUCCGACAUUGUCUUACAUGUUUCCAUUCAGCGGGUCUUUGAAUCUGAAGAACAAAGAGAGAUUGAAGAAAUUGAGAAAACUGCUAAAAUAAAUUCUGAAGAUAGGAGCUUAAGGGCAAAGUUAAGCGAUGGUGAUUUGGAGGAAACCAUCGAGCCACACGUCAAUGAUGAGUCAGAGGUCAGUAAAAGUAUAAACCAAAGUGCUGAAAUGAAUGGAAACCGCCGGGCAUCUAGUGGAUCUGAUGUUACAACUUCAAGUUCAGAUAGCAGCUUGGGACUUGACACUCAGAUCCAAGUGAGAAAUGACAACACCAAACAAGGUCCUGAAAGCUUAGCCAUGUCUGUAAAUAAUGGCUCUGUGCAUCAGCGGCGAACCUCUGAUUUGUUGGCAGCAACCCAUGAAGAGCGCCAGAAAUCGUGGGACUGGUUAGGAGGUCUAUCUCUUGAAGCAAGUACAGAUGAUUCGUCAGGUACCCCUAGAGAAGCUAUUCUAAGAGAGAGUUCUCAAGAAGUUCAAGAUAUUGUUAUAGAAAAGCUCAAAAGUGAGCUUACAUCUUUGGCUAGGCAGGCAGAAAUGUCAGAGUUGGAAUUGCAAACUCUCAGAAAACAAAUUGUGAAAGAGAGCCGAAAAGGGCAAGAUCUUUCAAGAGAGAUAAAUAAGUUGAGAGAGGAAAGAGACAUCUUCAAAGAGGAGUGUGAAAAGUUUAAGGCUUUGCAGACCUCUUUAGACGAGGCAAAAAAGAGAAACAAGUUGCAAAGUGAGGGAGGUGAUCCGCACACUCUAAUUCUUGAACUCCGUCAAGAAUUGAAUCACGAGAAGGAUCUAAAUAAUAAUCUCCGGAUCCAACUUGAGAAGACACAGGAAUCAAACUCUGAAUUAAUUCUUGCCGUUCGGGACCUGGAUGAGAUGUUGGAACAGAAAAACACUGAGAUAUCAAAUCUUAUGCAGAAACAUGCUGAAAAGACAGGAACAGAGAGCACUGUUGAGGAGUCGGGAGAGGCAAACUAUGAAUGUAAACAAGAUGAUGAUGAUGAACAAAGAGCACUUGAAGAGAUUGUUAAGGAGCACAGUGAUGAAAGGAAAGUGUAUUUGCUUGAGCAGAAAAUUCUGGAUCUACAGAGCGAGAUAGAGAUCUAUAGGAGGGAAAAAGAUGAGGUAGAGAUGCAGAUGGAGCAGCUCGCCCUUGAUUAUGAGAUCUUGAAGCAAGAAAACCAUGAUAUGUCGUACAAAUUGGAGCAGAGCCAAUUGCAGGAGCAACUGAAAAUGCAGUAUGAAUGUACAUCCUCUUUUGGCAACUUACAUGAGCUAGAAUCACAGAUUGAGAAAUUGGAGAUUGAUCUCAAAAAGAAGACAAAAGAUUUUGCGGAUUCUUCAAACAUUAUAAGUGAACUUGAAGGUGAGGUCAAGAGUUUAGAGAAUGAACUCAAGCAGCAAUCUGAUGAAUUUUCAAACUCAUUGAUCACCAUAAGUGAACUUCAAGCUCAUAUCAGGAGCUUGGAGAAUGAAGUCAAGGAGCGGUCCCAUGAAUCGUCAGCUUCAUUGAUCACCAUAAAUAAACUUCAAACUCAGGUCACGAGCUUGGAGAAUGAGAUCAGGGAGCAAGCACAGGAACAUUCAGAUUCUUCGAUCACUAUAAGUGAACUUGAAGACCACGUCAAGACCCUGGAGGAGGCACUGGAAAAACAAGCACUAGAGUAUGAAGCUGAUAUGGAAGCUCUUACUAGUGCCAAAGUGGAGCAAGAACAGAGAGCAAUACGAGCUGAGGAGAGCUUAAGAAAAAUGAGGUGGCAAAAUGCUAGUACAGCGGAGCGACUUCAGGAGGAAUUUAAAAAACUUUCUUCGCAAAUGGCUUCGACGUUUGAGGCAAAUGAAAGUGUUGCUGCCAAGGCACUAAAUGAAGCCAAUGAGCUCCGGCUUCAGAAACGCCAUCUUGAAGAUAAACUUGAAAAAGCUUCUGAAGAGCUACAGCUUGUCAGGGACAAUUAUGAGGCUAGAUUACAUGAGCUCUCUAGUAAGUUGAUAUCAAUGUCAAAUCAUGUUGAAGAGUUGCAGUCAGAGAUUCAACAUUCUUCUCUGCAACACGACAAUCAAGUAAAACAGGCUGAAGAAGCCAAAUUACAACUUACAGAAGAGAUUCAAACGCUUAAAGCAGAAAACAAGGUCCAUUCUAUCCAAGCAAAAGAAAGGGAGUCUUUGACAAUUGAGUUAGAAGAAAUGAGGAGGUCAUCCAAUGGAAUGGAAGAGCUAUUGAAACAAGCAAGGAUUGAAAGAGCCGAACUUAGAAGUAGAGUUGCUCUGUUGAAGGAGAAGGAGCAAACUUUACUGGGGGAACUGAAAAGCCUACAGUAUGAGAAGGAUGAAAAGGACUCAACAGCUAAAGUUUUACAGUUGGAAGUUGAUAAUCUCAGGGUUAAAUGUGAAGAGUUGAUGAAAACAUUGUCAGAGGAUGAGUUGGAGAAAGAGAACUUAAGGAAGCAGUUGCUUCAAUGCAAAGGUGAACUAAAGAGGAAAGAAGAUGCAUGCCACAGCAUGGAGAAGAAGAUCAAAGAAAGCAACAACAGGAUACCAGUUUCUGAUUUAACGAAGGCAACCCCAAGGAGUAACAAGUUGCAAAACAGUCCUCGCAGUUCCAAAGAGGUGGCAAAUUUGAAGGAGAAAAUAAACUUGCUCGAGGGUCAAAUAAAGCAGAAGGAGACUGCUCUUGAAAACUCAACAAAUUCAUUCUUGGAGAAGGAGAAAGAUCUUCAAAAUAAAAUUGAAGAACUGGAACUGAGGCUUGAAGUCCUCAAUAGAAACACCUCAAGAUUUUGUGAAGAAAACUCCAAUGAGGUUCCCCAACUUUCCAAAGAUCACCCUCCUGUAGAUCAAAGCACCAAGUCUUGUGUAACCGAACAAAAUGGUGCUCCAUCAAUAGAAAGCCCCGAAACGUUGCCACAGAAAGAGUUGAAACGCCAAUCACCGGAUUCUUCAGUUCAUGAGAUGUUAAGUGAAAUGACAAUGUUGAAGGAGAGGAACAAAUUAAUGGAAGAUGAACUCAAGGAAAUGCAAGAAAGAUAUUCCGAAAUAAGCCUCAAGUUUGCUGAGGUGGAAGGUGAAAGACAACAGCUUGUUAUGAGAUUACGCAACAUUAAGAAUGCCAAAAAGUCUCCUUAAAAUUGACUAUCUGAUACAAGAGAACCACGUUGCUGUUUGUUGGUGAUGCAGAAGGAGUUUAGAUAGAAGAGUUCAGAAAUAAGAUAAAAAAUGGAAAUAAGAAAUCAUCUGUAAAUUGUAAUUCUUUUUGGGCUUUUGCAUAUAGUAUCUGACUUGGAGGACUUGAUAAUACCAAUUACAAAGUAGUUUCUGGUAGCUAAAUAGGUUAAUGUGUUCUUUGAUUCAUUCAUGUUGUUUGUAAUUUGUAAUAUUAAGGUGUUAAUGAUGCAAUUAUUGUUGUCUUUAGAGAAAUCCGAUUCUGACAAAAUACAUCCCUAUUGUGUACAGAUUACCAAUGCUAAUAAAAGAAUUUGAAGCAAGUACCCUGAUUACUU